CAGCUCCCGGCGCUAACGCCGGCACCAGCAGCAGUUGGAGCCCCCUUCCCCCACAGUCGCUAGUGGCCUUUUGGCUCACGAACCAGCAGCAACUCGUCUCCUCUCUACUGGCGUCCCUCGGCGACCUCCGCCAGCUGGUCGCCUCUGCCGCUGCCACGUGGCACGAGCUGCCACCUGGUGCUCCGUCAGCAGCCUCAGCAGCCACAGCUGUGACACGUGGCAUAGAAGAUCUAACUAGAGUCCAGGCGUCUCUCCUCCUCCUACAGCCCGCACCCACCACGAGCACGCCCGGCCUCCUUGCCUCCUCGCCUCCCACUCUCCUCCCGCCCACCGCCCCCCACGUCCUUCUCUCCAACUUUUCUCGCCUCAAACAAAUCUACCAGCACUUGCAGCAGUCUCUGGAAUGGAGUCUACCUGCUCCCGCCCCUGCUUCUGCUGAUGCUGCCGAUGCUGAUGCUGCUGCUGGUGGUGAGGGCAGUGAGGGUGCUGAGGGUGCUGGAGCAGAAGCGGAUGAUGGUGCUGCUGGUGCGGAUUCCCUCACGCGAUGGGUGCCUGGAUGGAGGGUUCUGCGGGAGGCCUUUAUCAAGGCAAAUGGUGUGGCACUUCAAUGCAAGAAGAUUCUCGGCCCCUUCUCCACUAUGACUACCACUGUGUCAGCGCAACCAGAAGAACACUCAACACCAGGAAACCACUCCACACCGCUUCCCACCGAAGCAUCUCCCACUCAAGCCGACAGCACCAUUGCUCCUUCCCACACUGCCGAUCUAACUCCGGAGUUUGCAGCCAGGUUGACUGCCUUCCACUCUGCAUAUGACACAGCACUGACCCAGGUGCUUCUGGGGGUGCAGUCCCUCUCUCGCUCUGCAAAACAGAGCGCUCAGGCCCUUGCAGCAAGAGAUGCAGAGGGGAAAGGAGAGGAAAAAGAGGCGGGGGCAGGGGAGGAAGGGCGAGAGGGAGAGGAAGAGUUGGUGGUGGAGGAAGGAAAGGAGGGUGUAGGAUUGGUUGAGGAUGGUGGUGGGGAGUUGGAAGGGGUGGAGGGGAGUAUUGUGGGGUGGAGCAAGGAGGCGGAGCGGCGGCUGCUGGUGCUGCGGCUACCCCACAUGGUGGCAGCGGUCGAUGCUGUGAGCGCUGUGGCUGAUGCAAACAGUAAGGCCAGUUCCAGUUCAGCAGCAUCAGAAGCAGCAGCAGCGGCGGCAGCAGUCACGCAGCGACUUGCUCAGCUGCAUGUCAUGUUGGAUCUAGUGGUCACUGCGUCGCUCCACCUGCUAGGAAGCUUCCUCUCGCUGCACAAAGCUGUGGCCAAGCUCACCCACGUGCUGGCAAAUCUCUUCAUCGCUCUCUUUGUGGCCAAGCUCACCCACGUGCUGGCGAAUCUCUUCACAGCGCUCUUCGUGGAGGGCUUCUGCACGCCAAAGGAUGCUCAGGAGGAGGAGGCGGGCAAGGGCGCGGGGAAGUUUGAGGAGGAGGAGGGCACGGGCAUGGGCGAGGGGCAGGGCAAGACGGACGUGAGCGAUGAGAUCGAGGACGAGAACCAGCUGAUGGGCACGCAGGACGAGAAGCAGGUACGUAUAUCUCACAGCAUUCUCUGCAUUCUCACUUCUCUCUGCAUUCCCGCUUCUCUCCGCAUUUUCACACCUCCCUUCCACUUUUCUCACUACGCGCUUGCCUCCUACAAAUAUGAGCAGGAGGAAGGGGAGAAGGGCAAGGACGACAAGCUACCCAAGGGAAUAGAAAUGCAGCAAGACUUCGAUGGGGAUAUGCAUGAUAUAAGCGAGGAUGAGGAGGAGGAUCAGGAGAAGGAAGAGGAGGGAGAGGAGGAACAGCAACUGGAUGAGGAGAUGGGAGAUGUUGGGGAUAAUGCUGAUGUGGUCGAUGAGAAGAUUUGGAAGGGGGAUGAGGAGGAGGAGGAGGAGGAGGAGGGGAAGAGGGAGAAGGAGAAGUUUGAGAAGGACUCUACGAUUUCGGGGGCGCGGGAGGAGGAUUUGGAGUAUAGGGGGAAGGAUGAGGAGGAGGAUGAGGAGGGAGGGGAGGGCGGGGAGGAUGAUAAGGAGGGUGGGGAGAAGGAUGGUGCAAAGGAGGAGAAAGAGGAGAAGGGGAAGGAGGAUCAGCAGGCGAAGAAGGACGAGAAGGGGAAGAAGCAAGGGGAGGAGGAGGGAGAGGGGGCGGAGGAGGAAGGGGGAGAGGAGGAGGGUGAGGUGAAUGAGUGGCAAGGAGAAGGGGAGGAGGAAGGGGAGGAGAUGGAGGAAUCUCACGGAAUUACACCGAGAAAGGAAGAGGAAGUUCCAGAGUUGGACCUUCCUGAUGAUAUGGAGAUAGAUGAAGGAGAGCAGGGUGGGAAGGAGGAGGGAGGGGAGGAGGAGGAGGGGGAGGCCGAGGUGGAAGAAGCUAAGGAGGCUAUGGGUUCACAUGGGAGGCCGCAAGAAGAGGAGGAGGAGGAAGAGGAGGGAGAGGUGAAGGAUGAUGAGUGGGAUGAAAUGGAUGGGGCGAAUGAUGGUGCUGGCGGUGCUGCUGCUGACGCUGCUGGUGGUGGGGAUGAGGAGGGGCAGGAGGAUGGGGAGGAGAAGGGUGAGGGAGAAGGGGAGGGAGAUGAGGAGAAGGAGAGGGAUGCUGAUGUGGAGAAGGAGGAAGGGGAGGAGGGUGAGGAGGAGGGAGAAGAAGGGGAGGUGAAGGAUGAGGAUGGGGAGGGAGGGACGGCGUCUGUUGAUGUGAUGGGGAUGGAAGAGGAGAAGGAGACCAAGGGGCAAGGGAAGGAGGAGGAGAAGGAAGAGGAGGAGAGGAAGAAGAGUGAGAGGAGUAUGGAGGGUGGGAAGGAGAGGAGGAAGGGGGAGGAGGGAGGGAAGAAGGAGAAGAGGAAGAAGGAGAAGGAAGAGGUGAAUCCGAUGAGAAGCUUGGGGAGUGCUUUGGAGGCUUGGAAAAAGAAGGUGAGUAUUGCAGGAGAUAUGGAGGAGGAGGAGGAAGAGGAGGAGGAGAAGGAGGUAGAGGGAGAGACAGAGGAGGAGGAUGGGGAGGGGGAGGAGGCAGAAGGGGCGAAGGAGGAGGGUGAGGAGGAGGACGAGGAGGAAUUGGAGGAAGGUGAAGAGAUGGAGGUGGAUGGGGAUGCAUCUGGAGCCAUGGAUUCGAGCUUCGUAUCCAUGAGAUGGAAAGAGGAGGCCAAGGAAACGGCGCGCUUGCGAGAGGCGGACGGGGAGAAGGAAGAGGGAGAGGCCGAAGAGGACGGAGCAGGAGAGGGCGCGGACGCUGCUGGCGGCGCGAGGGAAAAGGUGUGGACUGAGAUCGAACUAGAGCGCAUGCGAGCCGAGGUAGAAGCGCAGAUGCAGCGGAUGCGGGAGAGCGAGGAGGGCCGGCAGAAGCUCGAAGCGGCUCGCGACGCGUGGCGGAAAUACGAGCUGCUGUGCAGCGGCGCCUCUCAGGAGCUAGCAGAGCAGCUGCGGCUCAUUCUAGAACCUUCCAUGGCGACCAAACUGCAAGGAGACUACCGGUCGGGGAAGAGAAUCAACAUGAAGAAGGUGAUUCCGUACAUUGCAAGCGGGUUCAAGCGGGAUAAGAUCUGGCUGAGGAGAACCCGCCCGGAUAAGCGCAAAUACCAGGUGGUUCUAGCUAUUGAUGACUCGAGAAGCAUGUCGGAGGCACGGUGCGGGCAUCUAGCGCUCGAAGCAAUGGCCACGAUUUGCCGAGCCAUGUCGACGAUCGAGGUUGGGGAGAUCGGGGUCGUUGCUUUCGGCGAGCCGGGCAACGUGCGCAUGCUGCAUGAAUUGGACCGGCCGUUCUCCCCCGAAGCAGCCGUGCAAGUCAUCUCGCAAUUCUCGUUCAAGCAGGACAACACGAUUGCGGAUGAGCCAAUGGUGGAGCUGCUGCGGUUUCUGUCUGGGGCGCUGGAUUCUGCUGCGAUGAGAUACUCUGCGAGUGCGGGCACGGGAGGAGGCGGGCAUCUGGAGCAGCUGGUGCUGAUUGUGGCGGAUGGACGGUUUCAUGAGAAGGAGACCCUAAGGCGCACAGUGCGGCACGCCAUGGGCAAGGGGCAGCUGCUGGCCUUCAUUCUGCUCGACAGCCCUUCUGAAUCCAUCCUUGACAUGCAGGCGGGGUCCCAGCCUUCUCUCAACCUACCUGAACUGACUUUGAGAUUCGUACAAGCCAUACCCCGUUUCUCCCUGCCCUCUCCUGCACCCCUCCUGCAGUCCGUGUCAUUCUCAGACGGGGUGCCAGCCUUCUCAAGCUACCUGGACUCGUUCCCCUUCCCCUACUACAUCCUUCUGAGGGACAUCCACGCGCUCCCUCGCACGCUGGCAGGCCUGCUUAGACAGGUACGUGGCAUGGGGAAUGCUGGCAUGGGGAAUGCUGGCAUGGGGAAUGCUGGCAUGGGGAAUGCUGGCAUGGGGAAUGCUGGCAUGGGGAAUGCUGGCAUGGGGCUGAAGAGGUGA